UACUCGUUAACUCAGUACCGGUACAGUAUUCAUCAGCAUGACGACCCAAUCCCCUACCAAACAGGUUUAUCGCCUCGAGAUUGACACCAGCAACGAUGGCAUUGUGUUUUUGGCGAGUCCAGAUACUACUAUUCGGGGUGUGAUGACCUCUAUCUGCUCCGAGUGGCUUAAUCUAGUGCGAAAUGGCGACGGUGGCGUCAACGAACAACGAACAUCUUUGGAAGCUCUAUCGAUCGCACACCAUUCCAUAUCCCAAUCACGAAGACUACAAUGAUGACGAUGCUUUUGACGAAGCUCGCGACGUGUAUUUUGCGGCGGAGGAAGAACGACAAGAAGGAAUUCCUCACAACCAACCAUUAUCUUCCGUUUCAGGUUUUAAUGCCCCUGGCAACAAGCUUAAUGCCGAGUAUGAUUUUGGCUCGACGACACGUUUUGACGUUUCAUUUGUGGCUCUUGAGGAAGUUCCCUUGACAACGGAAGUCCCAUGUCUGGCCGCGGUGCCCAUGGAUGAGGACUUUAUUGCCUACACUCCCCCAGCGGGUACCGGUAGUGUCAACCUCAAUGACAAGUUUCCCUUUGCCAACAAGGCCUGCUUUCAAACGAUGGGAAAAUGGAUUUGUCCCUUUCCUACAUCUUAUUCGAGUGCUGGCUUUGUGGAAGGUGGAAUCAAAUGUAACUCGGACAUUAUCUUUAUGCCCUUCAAGUUCUCCAGUCUCAACGAGGCUUUGGUUGGCAUGGAUCUCGCAAUGAAGAAGUACCCGCAAAAGGGAUAUUCUCGCCUUGUUUUUCCAGUUAAAUUGCGAAAAAAGGAUGAGAAGUUUUUCCAAGAUGGGUUCCAGGCAUCGAAUGAGUACCUCGAGUUUCACAGCAAUCCGGAGGCGUAUGAUAUGUCUGCGUUGUCGGAAAACAUUCGUGGUAUGCAGACAAGGAAGCUUAUGUUCGAGUGACGAAAGAAUCAUUGAAAAACUACGGCGAUGCAAUUUGCCAAGCCUUCCCUAUGUGUGCCAAGGCAUACGAGAAAGGACUGUGGGCGAGCUAUCGCCGAGGACGGGUAACAGUGAGCAAGCGCAAGAACUCGAACGAACCUCCCAACCAGCGUGGAAUCCCCCAGAAAGUACUGACCCAAACCAACGUUACAGUCGAUUCUUUGCAUGAAUUCUUUUGCGUCUGUGAAGGACUCUUUCUUCAAAUGGAGGCCACCCGUAACUUUCAUUUGGUGAAACGCAAACUUGAGACCGAUCCCUCUGUGUUUUCUGCUUCAUCCUAAAAUACAGAUCUUGGCGUCAACCAGUUUGCACCGCCUUUUUGUUGGAAAGCCAUUGAUUGGUUAGAUAGGAAGACAGCAGUAAAGGAUCAAAAGCGAAGGCAGCUCUCAGGAUGUCGGCGAAGGGCAUCUCGUAUGACAGGAGUGAAGGAUACAUCAUAGGGACAACUAGUUGAAACUGUUUGUGAUUGC